AUGUCCGACCCACGCUCAAAAGAUGAGCCCGGCCAAUCGUCAACCCUGCGCAGGGAGCGCGCGCCGACUAUUACUAUCGACACCUCGGCCGUGAACCCCCCGGAUAACGAAUACACACCUUUACAAAUCCGCUCGGGAGGAUCACGGAUGUACACCGAUAACGCACAUGCCCCCGAUACAACCGCACUGCUGAGCAAUGGCAGUCGCAAUGGCAGUGCCUCUUCUACGGAUAUGCAUUCCACAGCCUCAAUUCGCUCCAAUGCAUCCUCCGAAGCUCGGGACCGAGAGAGCCGGCCAACCUCACCUCACAACAUCUCAUCGCCCAAGACGAAGGCGGCCGAGACACAUUCCAACUUCCUCUCCGUCCCUGGAACACGCUCGAGAGGCAAUUCGUUGGAGUCGGAGGAGACCAACCAAACAUCAAGCACCUACGGCGGCGACACAUAUGUGCCCUCAUCAUCUCAGGAAUCAGCAUCUGAUUCGCCUAAAAGCCCCGCCACAAACGGCGUUCACGAUGAGGAUCCCCUGUCCCCAGACCCCGGCCGCGAAGACGAAUUUGAGGUCGAGGAUAACAAGUUCGCCUUUUCCCCUGGUCAGCUGAACAAGCUUCUCAACCCGAAGAGCUUUGGCGCCUUCCAUGCGUUGGGAGGCCUGCGAGGGCUGGAAAAAGGACUCCGAACUGAUAUAAAAAGUGGCUUGAGUGUGGAUGAGACAAACCUGGACGGAACUGUCAGCUUUGACGAGGUGGUCACACCUACCACACCUGCCUCGGGAAAGAACAUGCCCAAGUCUGCCUCUCCGACUAAACCACCGCCACCCGCGACCGAGGGUUCCGUCAUAACGCAGCACAACGGAGAAAAUUUCGUCGAUCGCAGACGUAUCUACGGCGAUAAUACGCUUCCAGAGAGGAAAUUGAAGACGAUCUGGGAGCUAGCAUGGAUUGCCUACAACGACAAGGUGUUGAUCUUAUUGACCAUUGCGGCUAUAGUUUCACUUGCUGUGGGAAUUCCGCAAUCGCUCCACCCAGCAAAUCCCGAUGAACCUGGCGUCGAAUGGGUCGAAGGUUUGGCCAUUCUCGUGGCCAUUAUUAUCGUGGUGGUGGUCGGUGCAGCGAAUGACUGGCAAAAGGAACAACAGUUUGCAAAACUCAACAAAAAGAAAGAGAAUCGACUGGUCAAGGUAAAACGAUCCGGCCGAACCGAGGAAAUUUCCGUCCACGACGUCUUGGUUGGCGAUGUGAUGCUUUUGGAACCCGGCGAUAUGGUCCCAGUUGAUGGAAUCUUGAUUGAUGGCUACGACCUCAAAUGCGACGAAUCUUCGGCUACGGGCGAGUCUGAUGUUCUCCGCAAAACCCCCGGCGAUGAAGUGUACAAAACAAUGGAACAGAACGAAGAUCUGAAGAAGAUGGAUCCUUUCAUCAUUUCUGGUGCCAAGGUCUCCGAGGGCGUCGGCACGUUUGUGGUCACUGCUACCGGUACGCACGCUACCCUCGGCCGGACGAUGAUGUCCCUCCAAGAGGAGGGCGAGACAACGCCUUUGCAAACGAAGCUCAACAAGUUGGCUGAGUACAUUGCCAAGCUCGGCCUCGCUUCUGGUUUGUUGCUGUUUGUGGUUCUCUUCAUCAAAUUUUUGGUUCGUCUUAAGGACAUUGAGGGUGGUCCGGACGCCAAGGGUCAAGCAUUCCUGCAGAUUUUCAUUGUUGCUGUCACAAUUGUCGUCGUCGCGGUGCCUGAAGGCUUGCCACUGGCUGUCACGCUCGCUCUCGCCUUUGCUACAACCCGAAUGCUCAAAGACAACAACUUGGUUCGCUACCUCAAAGCCUGCGAGACUAUGGGUAACGCUACCACGAUUUGCUCGGACAAAACUGGAACCUUGACGGAGAAUAAAAUGACUGCAGUGGCUGCGACGUUGGGUACCACGUCUCGGUUCGGCAAGUAUUCUGGUGUCUCGACCGAUGAUCAGAGUGAAAUCACUCCCUCGGAUUUUGUCUCCAGCCUAUCACCGUCGGUGAAGGAUGUCCUACUCAAGUCCAUUGUCUACAACUCAACCGCAUUCGAAGGCGAGACAGAUGGAGUCAAGACGUACGUUGGAUCCAAGACAGAGACUGCUCUCUUGACUUUCGCUAGGGAUUACCUUGGAUUGGGGCCCCUUGGCGAAGCGAGAGCAAAUGGCAAGGUCGUCCAGAUGUUCCCAUUCGAUUCUGGCCGCAAAUGCAUGGCAGUCGUGACGCAGCUGGAGAAUGGAAAAUACCGAAUGCUAGUCAAGGGUGCCGCGGAGAUUCUAUCCCACAAGUCGACCCGUAUCGUCCAAGACCCCACUGACACUCUGUCGGAGACUCCUGUUACCGAUGAGAACAGGACUGCACUGGACAGCAUUAUGACCACUUACGCCACCCGCUCUCUCAGAUGCAUUGCGCUGGUUUACCGUGACUUCGAUCAAUGGCCGCCUCGUGGAGCCCCUACUUCCGAAACCGAUGAUACCCAGGCAGUCUUCGAACCUAUCUUCAAGGACAUGGCAAUGUUGGGAAUCUUCGGUAUUCAGGAUCCUGUCCGAGCCGGUGUUGCCGAGGCAGUGUAUACAUGCCAACGCGCUGGAGUGUUUGUCAGAAUGGUGACUGGUGAUAACAUUAUGACCGCCAAGGCCAUUGCCCAGGAGUGUGGUAUCUACACACCUGGUGGUAUCGCCAUUGAGGGACCCAAAUUCCGCAAGCUGAGCACACGCCAAAUGAACCAAAUCAUCCCAAGACUCCAGGUCAUCGCCCGCUCUAGCCCAGAAGACAAGAAGAUCCUGGUCAAUCAACUCAAGAAGCUUGGAGAGACUGUUGCUGUCACUGGAGAUGGUACUAACGACGCCCCUGCCCUCAAGAAUGCCGAUGUUGGUUUUGCAAUGGGUAUCACUGGUACCGAAGUUGCGAAGGAGGCCUCUGACAUUAUUCUCAUGGAUGACAACUUCUCAUCGAUUGUUAAGGCUAUGGCAUGGGGUCGCACCGUCUGUGACGCCGUGAAGAAGUUCCUUCAGUUCCAAAUCACUGUCAACAUCACCGCCGUCAUUCUGACCUUCGUCUCUGCAGUCGCUAGUGAUAGUGAGGACUCAGUUCUUAGCGCAGUGCAGUUGCUGUGGGUCAAUUUGAUCAUGGACACUUUUGCCGCUCUCGCUUUGGCGACAGACCCUCCUACAGCAACAGUGCUUGACCGCAGACCCGAGUCGAAAUCCGAUCCCCUCAUCACUCUGACAAUGUGGAAGAUGAUCAUUGGACAGUCCAUCUACCAGCUGGUUGUAACUUUCGUUUUGAAUUUCGCCGGAGAUAAGAUUUUCUCUUGGGACAGCGGUCAUUUGCAGACCGUGGUCUUCAACACUUUCGUGUUUAUGCAGAUUUUCAACCAGUACAACUCCCGUCGUAUUGACAACAAGCUCAACAUUUUGGAAGGUAUUUUGAGAAACCGUUGGUUCAUUGGUAUUCAGAUCAUCAUUAUUGGAGGUCAAAUCUUGAUCAUCUUCUUUGGUGGCGCUGCUUUCUCCGUCAAGCGUCUUAACGAAGGCUCGCAGUGGGCCGUCAGUCUUGUACUCGGAGCAAUCUCCAUACCCAUCGCUGUGAUCAUUCGUCUUAUUCCGGAUGAAUUCAUCUCGAGACUUAUUCCUCACUUCUGGAAUCGCAACAAGGGUCCCGCAUUGGUCAUUUCAGACGAGGAUCGCAAUUACGAAUGGAACCCUGCCCUGGAAGAGAUCCGCGAUCAGCUCGCCUUCCUCAAGCGCGUCCGCGGUGGCCGUCUGCGACACCUCCGCCACAAGCUGCAGCACCCUCAGGAAUUUCUCCCUCGGUCCCGCAGUGGCUCCCGCUCGCGCGAUUCCUCCACGCCACCCACGCCGAAUGGCGACAAUGACCACGACAACGACAACGGCAGCCCACAGCUGACCACCCCAGAGUCUCGUUCCAGACGCAACACACGGUCGCGCUCGAACUCCACGUUCGGACCCGCCGCUGCCAUGGCCGGUAUCGUUGCCGGCAGUAUUGCCGGAUGGUCUCCGAUCGAGCGAGGCCACGAGGAGCCCGAAGAAGUCACUUUCCCGACCAACGGUGGCCCUCACAGUGGCCUUGAUCGCGAGCCAGGCAUUGAGAUCCACCCAGACACCGCUGCCGAUGAUCGUAUCCUGAACGAGUACUCCCCUGACUCCAAGACACCCCCGAGUCAGAACCCGGAUCUGAUUCCGUUCUUCGAGCAUGCUCCGCCAGACCGCGCGCCCUCUAGCCGUGGCCGUCGGUCCUUGUCUCAGCGAUCGAGAUCGAGUCUCAGUCAGUCGCACGUCUGA